AUGGUCCUCACAGACAAACUCGACGUCCGCCGCAUCGCCAUUAUUGGCGCCGGUCCCAGCGGCCUUGCAGCGGCCAAAUAUCUUCUUGCCGAGAAGAAGUUUUCAAAAGUGCGCAUAUUCGAGCAGCGUGCUACGCCGGGCGGUGUCUGGAACUACACGCCCUUAGUCCGUGAGAAGGACUUUUCGGUUCCCAGAACCCAGCCAAGUUAUGCCCCAGAUCAAGCACUCUGGCCCAACGACAGUGGUGAUGUUGAGUUUAUGUCCCCCAUCUAUGAUCUCCUCGAGACGAAUAUUCCUCAUUCUCUCAUGAGAUACAGCGACAAGGAAUUUCCUCAAAACUCUUCUCUUUUUCCCCGCCACAGUGUCGUGCUGCAGUAUCUCAAGGAUUACGCCCAAGAACUUACACCCCAUAUCUUAUAUCAGACUCAGGUCUUGGACAUUGAGAAGCCUGGCUCAGAUCGUUCUCAGCCAUGGACGGUCGAAGUACUUGACCUCAAGGCCAACAAAGUCAUUAAAGAUGAGUAUGAUGCUGUUGUGGUGGCGAGUGGUCAUUACAAUGACCCGUUUAUCCCUGAUAUUCCAGGCCUUGUUGAGUUUGAUAAGGCCUUUCCGGGUGCCAUUUCACAUUCCAAGUUCUAUCGAAGACCGAAUGAUUUUAAAGAUAAGAAAGUCAUUAUUGUUGGCAACUCUGCGUCUGGUGUAGAUGUGAGCGCACAACUCUCCACCGUCGCAAGGCAUCCAAUCUUCGUCUCUGAAAAGGAGAAGGCUACAGUUAUACCGCCCGCCAAAGAGUCGUGGGCAGCUAGUGUCCCAGAGAUUGUUGAAUUUCAGCCAGCUGAGAGGGGUGUUCGUUUCGCCAAUGGCCAUGUCGAGAAUGAUAUUGAUGCUGUCAUCUUCUGCACUGGCUUCCACUACUCAUACCCCUUUCUCAAAUCCCUCAACCGGCCUGUCGUAGUCCCCAGUGGUGGCCACGCGGCGCAUCUCUGGGAACAAAUUCUUUACACUACAGACCCUACUCUGUCAUUCCUCAGUGUCCCGCAGCGUAUCGUGCCAUUUCCCAUCGCCGAAGCUCAGAGCGCUCUGAUCGCUCGAAUUUGGUCUGGACGAUUGAGUCCUCCCUCUGAAGAUGCUAUGGAGUCUUGGGUCGCAGAGCAGCACAAGGCAAAAGGAGAGGGUAAGGCAAUCCACGUGAUGGCUUUCCCAGAAGAUGUUGAUUACAUCAACCGACUGCAUGAGCUGAGCAAGUCAGCAACAAAGGCUCCUGAAUUGGAUCUUGAUAAUAACGGCGAAGGUAAGAUGCCGCCGUAUUGGGGGCUUGAAAAGCGGUGGGUGAGGGAGAGAGUUCCCAAAAUUAAGCUGGCGAGCAGAGCGGCAGGGGACAAGAGGCAUGAAUUAAGGACAUUGGAAGAUCUUGGUUUCGAUUACGAGGAGUGGAAGAGAACUGUUGAAGAGGGAGAAAAGUUAUUCUAG